AUGGCAGAGCAAGACAAGGUGAUCCUACACGGGAUGUGGGCCAGCCCUUAUGCCAAGAGGGUAGAACUGGCCCUUAAUUUCAAGGGCAUACCCUACGAGUAUGUGGAAGAAGACUUGAGAAAUAAGAGUGAAUUGCUUCUCAAGUACAAUCCAGUUCACAAGAAGGUUCCUGUACUUGUUCAUAAUGGAAAGGCCAUUGCUGAGUCAAUGGUGAUCCUUGAAUAUAUUGAUGAAACAUGGAAAGAUGGUCCUAAACUGCUUCCCAGUGAUUCCUACAGAAGAGCCCAAGCUCGGUUCUGGUCCAGUUUCAUCCAGGAUCAGUUGAUGGAGGCCAGUUUUCUAGUAGUGAAAACUGAUGGAGAAGCGCAACAAAAGGCUGUUGAGCAAGUAUAUGAAAAGCUGAAUGUGGUUGAAGAUGGAAUGAAGAGCUAUCUGGCAGAACGCAAUGCAAGUACUGAGAGCAACUUUGGAAUAGUGGAGAUUGUGUUUUGUGCGUUAUUUGGUCCUUACAAGGCUCAUGAAGAAGUUCUUGGCAUGAAGUUCAUAGUGCCAGAAAAGUUUCCACUGUUAUUUUCUUGGUUGAUGGCCAUUGUUGAGGUGGAAGCAGUGAAAAAGGCAACUCCUCCACAUGAAAAAACAGUGGGAAUUCUUCAGCUUUUCAGGCAGUCUGCCCUGAAAUCUUCUGCUGCAGCCUGA